AUGUGCUUUGGCGAAAUCGAAGCCCAAAAUUCAUCACACACACAGACGUCAGCGGAGGCGGCCGGAGGAGGAGGAGGAGGAGGAGGUGGAGCAUCUGGGACGGCAGCGUCAUCGGCAGCAUCCACGGCCAUCAGUUCCGAUGAGAGCGGCGACCCAUCAUCGGCGACCGCAUUCGCCAGUCUGGCUCAAGUGUCCUCGCUACUGCCGGAGGCAUCCGCCUUUUCGGCGACGGCGGGCCUCGUGGAGCCGUAUCUGGAUGGCUAUGCCACCUCGAAUGUGACCACUCAGAUAGGAACACACGCGUAUCUGCCCUGUCGGGUCAAGCAGCUGGGCAACAAAUCGGUGUCCUGGAUCCGCCUGCGGGAUGGACACAUCUUGACCGUUGACAGAGCCGUCUUCAUAGCCGACCAGCGAUUCCUGGCCAUCAAGCAGCCGGAAAAGUACUGGACGCUGCAGAUCAAGUACGUCCAGGCCCGCGAUGCUGGAUCCUACGAGUGUCAGGUGUCCACGGAGCCGAAAGUCAGUGCACGUGUCCAGCUGCAAGUUGUGGUUCCCCGAACAGAGAUCCUGGGCGAGCCGGACCGCUACGUGAAGGCGGGAAGCAACGUGGUGCUCCGCUGCAUCGUCCGCGGCGCCCUGGAGCCGCCCACUUUCAUCAUGUGGUACCACGGUGCCGAGCAGCUGGCGGCCGACUCCCGCCGCCAUCGCACGCAGCUGGAUCCUAACCUGCCGGAGGCCUCCGGCGAUGGCCAAAGCACGAUUGGCUCAUUAAUCAUCGAGUCGGCCAAGAAGCGCGAUACUGGCAAUUACACAUGUAGCCCGUCGAAUAGCCCCAGUGCGACCGUAACGCUGAACAUAAUAAAUGGCGAAUCAUCGGCCUCGGCGGUCACCUCUUCGGCAGCCACCACCCGGGCCUAUGCCCUCAGCAUCCUGGCCCUCCUAUUCGGCGUCAUCAUCAUCGGAGUGGGACAUCGCACAUGACAUGUCACGGCUCCCAAGCCGAACUGAAGGCCAGGACAGCAGCAGCUACUACUCAGAAGUGAGGAGAAUAUGGGGAACCCACAACUCUGCCAACGGAUAAAGUAUAAAACCAAAUAAAUUUGAUAGAUAAACACACACACAUAGCGAGCGGAGGAGAGGAGACGAAAUGGAGUAAACGUAAUAAUCGAGUGCAUGUUGUAAGCUAGUUGAUUUUAUCCACUAACUAAUAACCAAUACGUAUAGAGGAUAAGUCCAUAAUCCCUGGAUUACCGCUGGCAGUUACGAGACCGGAGACCGGAGACCCGUGACCCGUGACCCGAUAACCCCUUGCCCCAAAACCUUGAUCCUAGAAACCUUAACCCCCUAAAACCCAGCUAAUCGUAAGUUCUACCGGCUCUAAGCGAACUAGUUUGUAAGCCCCUAGUCUUAGGCAGAUUCCUACUAACUGAUUUCUGUUGUGCCGUUCUGGUUUUGGUUUUUCGGUUUCGGUUCGGUUUCGGUAUCGGUUACGGGGAGCUUUGUUUUGUGGCAAAUACCGAGAAAGUUUGCAUAAAUGCAUAACCGUAAAUAUUUAUGCAGUCCGAUGUGAAAUUGCAUCGAUAUCCUGAACCCAUUCAGGUCGGAUGAGUGAAUCGGGGAGUGUGGCGGGACAGGAGGAACGAUUGCCAUCAAACAGACGCAUUUUGAAAAAAAAAAAGUAGAAAACCAAACAACUCGAAUGCAUUUGCAUGGCAAUUGGAGUCUGGAACAACAUUUGCCAUCUCCCUCCUCCUAUGUGAACUUUUCAAUUAGGCAAAUCUAUUGCACAGUUUCCCUUUCUCUCUCACUCCUGAUGCCGGACAUUUCUAGAAUAUUUAUUAUUUUUAGCAAAUACUACUAGAGUUCGAUUCAAGCUAGAACUUUCCUCUCUAAAAAUUGUAUACCCAGGAAUAGGCCGUCCCAAGGAUCAGAGAAGUCUAUAUGCUUUCCAAGGAGUUUAUUUAACAUUAUCCAUCUAUUACACACGGCACACCCACAACUAUGAACUGUCCGAUAUGUGUGUGUGUGUGCGACAUCGUAAACAUUUGCAUAGCCAAUUUAUGGAACUCUAUUUUAUGUGCUCUUAUCUCACGAACAAGCUCGAAACAUGCGGGAAAAAGCAAAGUGCAUAAAAUAAAUAAUUGCAUGGGAUGAAAAAAUUAUAGCAAAUACAUAGGCAUUGAUCGAAAUGGACAGCCGACACAGAACGUAACAACACGUAAAACAAUGCGACACAAAAACAAAAACGAAAAACAAAAACAAUUUAAUUGAUAACGAAAGUACAUUUAUUGUGUGAAGCGGCGGACUGACUCGCAAACUGUAUAUAACUCUAUUGCGAAACUGUUCGACAAAAAUGUAAAUUAAUUGAAUAUACAAAUAAUAUAGAUGGCAGAGCCCAAGCAGAGACGUAUUCCAAACACUAAUGAAUUGCAUUUAAACGAUACAAAUAAAUAAAUAUAUAUAAAUGAAUACAUAAAUAAAUAAAUAAAUACACAACAGGCGAGGAAAACAAAUGCAGUCAAAGAAAAUAAGUAAAAUGAAAUCAAACGGACAAAAUGUAAACAUCGUGUGCGGCCCGAACCCGCAGGCCCGUCUCGUAUUUAUUUAUCCACUUAACGUCCUUUUUAAUUACACACACUCCCAAACGAACACACACACUCCCUGCCGCCUCGGCAAAUCCUAUAAAAAUCGUCGGAAAUUAAUUAAAGAUGUCUCUGCGUGGAAAUGGUGGCUGCUGCAACGUCAACUUAAUUGCAAUUAGGUGCAUGCCACGCACAGGCACUCGCCACCACUCCGAGUGAAACAAUGCCAUCAAAGCGGCAUUAAUUAUGUGCGAUUGUCCCAAGGUGGUCGCACCGCCUGUCACACCCGGCGUAUACUCGAUGUGCUCGCGCCUUUUGGCGCUUAACGAAUUGAUCCCUGACAGAAGCCCAAGCUAACCGCAAGCAGCUGUGAGGUGAGCAAACACACACUUUGCCAUUGGGCGAGACGGAGAGCCGCGAAAAUAAAUAUACCUGCGGUCAAUAUUUCAGGCGGUGGGAGCGUCGGGGUCGGGUUAAUUUAACCGGGAAUUCCAUCCACGGGUGUGGACAAUUAACACAUUCCCGCUGGCAUGCAUCAAAUGCUUGCGGUCUGCGGCUAACCGCCUUUGAAUCACCCAACAAGAUUCUUCCCCUGCAUUCCCCAUACUUUAUGCGCAUUAAAACUUAACUUUUAGCCUUUAAUUUCCCCGCCAAAAAGCCACCCAACGACCCAACGUUGGACACCACACUCAAAAGCAUACCAUAAAACUGAAUGUUGAACAAUGAAAGUUUGUUAGAUUUAAGCGGCAUAUAAGACCACAGAAAGUACUAUUAAAAUCGAAAUCAAAAUACAUUUCUAAGCUCUUAAGUGUUUUUCAUCAGCUCGAUUAACGUAUAGCUCGGCAUACAUAACAUACAUACAUACGUGUAAUUUUCAACACCCCCAACUAAAUGUAAAUAAAAAACGCAUAACACGAAAAAUGGAGAAAACCCCUCCAAGUCGGAGAAUACAUUUUAAAGACAGUCGACACUCGAACUCUCGUGUACUCAUGAUAUAGCAAAAGUUUAUUGUUAAGUACCGACUAAUAACGAAAGAGAAUACUUACACAUACAUAUGUAAACGAAUCUAAGAACUAUGUGAACUUUA